AUGAUUACAAUGUUGUCAUCGGUGGCGUUAUUGGCGGUGAUCGGCGGAGCAUGGUGGGUUUGGACGGUGAUGAGGUGGGUCUGGCUCAGACCAAGAGCCAUCGAAAGAUGUUUGAGGAAACAAGGUCUGAAUGGACCGGAAUACAGAUUGUUGCAUGGAGAUAUGAACCAGAUGGCCACCAUGGCUCGCCACGCCGCCGUGAACUCCAAACCGAUGAGCUUUUCCGACGACUUUCUACCCACCAUUCUGCCGUUCCACCACCACAUCAUCCAGACCUAUGGUAAAAAUUCGUUUGCGUGGAUGGGACCGAUCGCAAGGAUCAACGUCAUGGAUCCAGAACUAAUCAAAGAGGUUCUAGUGAACAAUAGGGUUUACAAGAAACCAACCCCCAACCCGCUCGUUAGGUUUCUGGUUUCUGGGAUGACGAGCUACGAAGAUGAAAAAUGGGCCAAACAUCGCAAGAUUGUUGCACCUGCUCUUACUCAAGACAAAUUGAAGCAUAUGUUUUCGGCUAUGUACACGAGCUGUAACGACAUAUUAGUGACCGAAUGGUCGAAGUUGGUUUCGAAGAAUGGCUGGUGCGAGUUAGACGUGCAACCUUACAUCGAUGAUUUUGCAAGCGAUGUGAUUUCUCGAAACGCUUUCGGGAGUAGCUACGAACAAGGUAGAAGGAUAUAUCGACUUCAAAAAGAACAAGCCGUGCUCACACGUCAAGUUCUACAGACGGUGUACCUCCCUGGAUGGAGGUUUUUACCAACCAAAACGAACAAGAGAAUGAAGCAAAUCGAUAAUGAGUUGAGGUCAAUUCUAACCAAAAUCAUGGAGAAAAAAGAACGGGCGAUGAUUUCAAGGGAAAGCGACGAUCACGAAGAUUUACUAUCGUUGUUGUUGAAAUCGACCAUGAAAGCAAACGGGGAUCUGGGGAUGAGCGUGGACGAGGCGAUCGAAGAGUGUAAAUCGUUCUAUUUCGCCGGGCAAGAGAGCUCUUCGAAUCUUUUGGUUUGGACCAUGAUUUUGUUGAGCCAACACCCAAUAUGGCAAACGAGAGCCCGGGAGGACAUCCGCCAAGUUUUUGGACAAAAUAAACCAAAUUACGAAGGGUUAAGUCGCCUAAAAGUCGUAACCAUGAUUCUAUACGAGGUUCUCCGGCUAUACUCACCUGCAACCAUUUUCACACGAAUCACAUACAACGAGACCAAACUCGGAGACCUAACCGUACCCGCAGGGGUACAAUUCCUGUUGCCGGUAAUAUUUGUACAUCACGAUCGUGAAAUUUGGGGGGAAGAUGCAAAGGAGUUCAAUCCCGAGAGAUUUUCUGAGGGAAUAGCAAAGGCAACGAAGAACAAGCUCGCCUUUUUCCCUUUCAGUUGGGGCCCUCGAAUUUGCAUCGGGAAUAACUUUGCAUUGAUGGAAGCUAAGCUGGCCAUAUCGACAAUCCUACAACAUUUCUCAUUCGAACUAUCACCUUCCUACACUCACUCCCCUUCAUACGUUGUUACCCUUCAACCCCGAUAUGGUGCUCACUUGAUUCUCCACAAGAUAUAGCAUCCAAACCAGUGGUUCGUGUUAUAUUCGGAAGUUUGUGGUUAACACGACCCCUAACUCAUCGUGCUAGGAACUGCUAUAGCUAGCACCG